UUCAUGUCGCAACCAACUAACGCAGAAAAUCAAUAUACCGUGAUGUAUUCGUCUUUUUAAAAUGAGAACGUGACAAAACAUUAAUUUAAUUCAUCGAAGAAACCAUUUUUAUUUAAAAAAUAUUUGUUGAGAUUUGAUGCUCAUUUUUUAUUUAUUUACAUAGUGAUGGAUAUUGUCAUAGUUACGGCGUGUUAGAACAUUCUGCGCGUUUCAUUAAUCGCCUUUUCUGCAAAAUAUACCUGUUAAAGAUUUUUGUUGAAUAAGGUCAAUAUUACAAUAUACACCAAGAUAAUUAUAAGUUAAAAUGGAAGACAUGAAUGGAGAGCUUUAUGGCGAUGGCUUGGUCAGCCUGGGGGAUGAGGGUUCAUUAGAAUCUAUUGAUAACGGGAAACAAGAACAAAAUUGUAACAUUUGCGACAAUAAGUUAUGCAGUCCUCGAGUUUUGUCAUGCCUUCAUGUAUUCUGUGAAGCUUGCAUUGAUAAGUUGAUGGUUAAUGAAGCAGGUGACUCAUUAAAAUAUGAUUUGGCAGUGGAAUGUCCAAUAUGUAAACAAGAGACCAAGAUAUCUGGGGGUGGAGCAGCAUCACUUCCUUCCGACUAUCUCAUCACCAACAUUUUAGAUGUUUCUGCUAUGGAUCAAUCUGUUGUUUGCACUUGCUGUAAGAGUAAAGAACCGGCUGUUGCUAGAUGCACUGAUUGUUCUCAUUUUUUGUGUUCCAAUUGCAACUCAGCUCAUGAAUUUAUGAGAUGUUUUGAAAAUCAUCGCGUAGUUCCGUUUGAUGCCCUCAGAUCUUCUAAGGAAAAGGCAGCCGUGCAUAAGCCGAUUUUUUGCACCCGUCAUGUAGGAGAAAGUCUCAAAUUUUAUUGUUGCGAAUGUGAUGUCGGUGCAUGCACUGAAUGUCUAACUGUGGACCAUAAAGUUGGCGAGCAUCGUUGUGAAAGAAUAGUUGAUGCUGAACAGAACUUGCGCGUGGAAUUACGAAAUCUUAUCAUGGAAGGUAAUGCUCGUGCAGCUGCUGCUGGUAGUGCUUCUGCGAGGCUUGAUGAUGCUUUAGGCGAUUUACAACGUCAACGUGAUGAAGCUGAAAGUAUCAUCAAUGAAGCAUUCCAUGCAUAUAAAGCAGCUUUAGAAAGGCGUCGUGAAAAGACCCUUGAAGAACUUGAACGUUUACACAAAGAAAGAGAGCUUAAAGUAAUGGAUUUGUUCGAUCGCGUCGAUAAGACUGUUCAACGCAUCGAUUGUGCUUGUAAAUUUGCAGCAAGACUACUCCGUCGGGGUGAUGGUACGGAAAUAGUAAUGUUGAAGAAAACUGUUGCUUCCCAGUUCGCACGUUUACUCGAAGGGGCGCCAGAAUUCGAUGUGGAUUAUUCAUUGGAGUUUGUAACCAAGAUGGAUAAGUUUGACACUAUUGCAGAAGAAACAUUUGGAGUGUUUCGAACAGAAGCUACCAAAGCUGAAGAGCGCAAACGUGCUAGCGAAUCUUCUGCUAUUGUAUCUGUAGCAUCUAACUCUCAUUCUCCUGCUGUAUCUGUAACCAAUGCACCUGUAUUUGAUGAUUAUCCUUUGGGCAAUGUGCGUCGAGUGACUGGUGUUAGUAUUGUGGGGGUUCCUGGUGUGGGUGCUGUACCGACUAUAGGCGUUCCUGGAGUGGGCGCUGUGCCGGGAGUAGAUACGGUUCCAAAUACCAGUGUUAUGCCUGGAGUAGUGAAUGUUAACAGUGCUCCUGGUGUUGGCCCUGUUCCUGGAGUAGGCGGUGUACCAGCUUUGCCAUCUAUGGUAGAAUAUAAUUUACAACAACUGGCCAGCAUUGCAGAAAAGGAAGUGCCUCCACCUCCUCAUGCAUCACCAGCUUCUUCAUUUACGCUUGCUGAAUUAUUAGCUGGAGAUUUAAAUUCUCCCCAAGCAUACAACAAUUUGCAAGCCCUUGCUAAGCUAGGAUUGAAUACAGAAGUAAAUGGCUUUGGAGGAGUUGGAGGUGUUGGUGGAAUUGGGGGUGUGGGGCCCCGUGGUGUAUCACCUGGAAGACCAUUGUUGACUGCUGCUGAAGAAGCAGCCCUUGUCGCACCACCGGCGCCGCUUGUUCGUGCUACUAAGGCUACACCUAUGCAUAUAAGAUUUAAGUUUGGUCAACUUGGUGGAGGCAAGGGACAAUUUAAUUCGCCGCACGGAUUCUGUCUUGGAAAUGAUGAGGACAUUAUUGUUGCUGAUACAAAUAAUCAUCGUAUAACGGUGUUUGAUAAGUCUGGAAAUCACAAGUUCAAUUUUGGAGUGGCUGGUAAAGAAGAAGGUCAAUUGUGGUACCCCCGUAAAGUGGCUGUAGUUCGGGCUACUGGAAAAUUCGUUGUCUGUGAUCGUGGUAAUGAAAGGUCGCGAAUGCAAAUAUUUACAAAAAAUGGCCACUUUUUAAAGAAGAUUGCUGUGCGAUUCAUUGAUAUUGUGGCGGGUCUAGCAGUCACUGCUGAAGGAUUAAUCGUUGCGGUCGAUAGUGUGACACCUACUGUUUUUAUUUUAUCUGAGGAAGGUGAUCUGAUGAGGUGGUUUGAUUGCAGUGAAUGUAUGAGAGAGCCCUCGGAUAUUGCAAUUAGUGGCAAAGAAUUCUACGUGUGUGAUUUUAAAGGCCACUGUGUUGUCGUAUUUGACGACGAGGGUAGGUUUUUGCGGCGCAUUGGAUGCGAGAAUGUGACCAAUUUCCCGAACGGCAUAGACGUUUCGGAUGCCGGCGAUGUACUCAUUGGUGAUUCGCACGGUAACAAGUUCCAUGUCGCUGUGUUUUCGCGCGACGGUGUACUGGUCACAGAGUUUGAAUGCCCAUAUGUAAAGGUUUCUCGCUGCUGCGGUUUGAAGAUUACAUCGGAGGGGUAUAUUGUCACUCUGGCUAAGAAUAAUCAUCACGUUCUAGUCCUCAACACUCUUUAUAUUGUCUGAGGAGUAAUUUGAUGGCUGUAAGUCUGCAUACUACAAGAUCUCACAUUUAUUCCCUUUUAUAUUACUGUUUUUACAAAGCUUAUCAUUUUUGCUAAACCAGUAUUUGACUACUUUUUUUUCGUUAUUUUAUGUUUAAUUCAUGUUAGUCUGAUUUUACACUCUGUCCAUGUGCAGUGAGUCAUAGCGAUCCCAUUUUUCUAAGCUUCAUAUAUAUAUGUAUAUUUUAUUUGUGGCAUUUUAGUGAGCAGCAUUGUAUCACUGCUUGUGGAUAGAUUUUACAAGUCAUUAUUUCCAAAGUACUGAAUGAGUGUAUUUUUGGGUUUUAUUCCUCUUUCAUUUUUGCAUUUAGUUAUAGUAACGGGAAAUCCAAAGUUUAGUGUAAUAUUAUUUGUCUUAUAUUUUAAUGUCCAGGCAAUUAUCAAGAGUUAAUUUUUACUUGAUUUGGUUCUGGGUGCUUAGUUUUUGGUCCUAAAUAUGAUAUAUGUGUCACUAUCGUUGUUUUAUAGUAGAGCAACAAUUAAAAGUUGUACUAAAAGUGGCAGUGACAUGAAAACGAAUGCUAAUUUUUAAAAUUUUAAUGUUAGUCCUAAUUAUAUAUUGACAAUAUUAUUAUAUUACACUAUAUUUAUGGGAAUAUUUAUAUUAUUUUAGGACUCGAAAUUACCAUCCUACCAAAUUUACUACCAGAAAUGUAACAUCUAUAGUUAUUGACUGGACUGUUAUAAAUAUUACGUUUCUAAAUUAGCAGCUGGUAUGGUGGUUCCUAGUUCGAGUGAAGUUUAAACACAUGUCAAUUAGGGGACUGCGUGGGAGUGUCGCCUCAUCAAACUUACUGUCGCCCGAUAUACGUAUAUUGUUUUAAAAUAAUUGACCACUUUUUUUUAGAUAUUAGUAAUUCGCUUGAUAGUGAACAAAUACGAACGCACAAUUUGAGUUCAUUGUAACAAAAUUUUAGUGUUAUUAAGACCAAAGGAGGCGACACUAUUAUUACGUGCCAUCUAGUUUAGGUUAAUCUCGUAUACAAUAUUAUAUAUUGUCCGUUAAAAUAUAUUUACCAUUUACAGAAUUCUUGUGUCUAUACAAAAUGUUUUUCAUGUACUCUUGUUUUGAGAGCCUAUUACAUAUUUGAAAGAUUUUUCAUGAGUAGGCUAUUAUGAUAUACAUACUUAUUAAAAUUCGGUUCAUUAUAAAUUUAUCUAGUAGUGAACCACAGUGCUCUGGUAUGGGGAAGCCGCUAUAUAACUUUGCAAUAAAUUUGUACAAUGUAUCUGGGAUAGUUAAACGAAGUAAGAUAUUUAACAUUUUGUGGCAUCUUCGUGUAUAUAGCUCAAUAAGAAUAUUAUUGGAACUUUUUUGUUACUUUUAUCUGUUGGGAAUGAUACAUUAUUUGUUCGUUUAGUGCAGUAAUGUUGUUUGUCACAACAUCUGUCACAAAACAAGUGUAGGGUUUCUUUGACACGAACUUUUACAGCUUUUCUUGAAAAACUAUACAUUAGCACCUGCACAUAUGUAAAGAUAUAUGAAAACACUACCCACCGCACCCAGUCUUUUAAUAAUCAUCCCAACUUAGCUGUAUACAUGAAUUUGCUAAUAAAAAGGUAUUUUAUUUCUAUAGAAAAGUCGACACUAUAUUGUCGCUAAAAUAUUACUUAUAUACAUAUUUUUAUAACUAUCCACAUUUAAAUUCAAAAUUGGAAAUUAUAGUAUUAGGUGGUAAACAAAUGAUGAAUAUUAUGGAUCUGCGGUUCACAGAAUACGACACUAUAUUUAGAUCUUCACAUUAUUAAAAGCGUCCCGUUUAAUGGUUAUAAUAGAUCUAUCAUAAUUAAAUAUGGGACAUUUUUCGAAGUAGACACAUCGAUAAUAAUAUGGUAAUAGGGUCUAUGCUAAUUUGUAAUUCACAAGUAAUGGUCAGAUACAAUUUAUAUUUAAAUAAAAAUACACUGUAAUUGCGUAAACUCAUAGUCUUCCAACUGUAAUUAGGCUUUUUCGAAGGAAUUUCAAAAAAGAUUUAAUAUUUUCUCAUUAUAGCUUUUUUCUUAUAUACAACAAUGAUUUUAGUAGCCACGGCGGAUAUGCUGAGCCAAAAUUGAGCCAACGAAAUUAAAUAUUUCAUUAUAUAUAUAUUAUAACAUAUCUAAAUAUCAUGAUACGUUGUACGUGACCAUUAUUUUGUUUUGCAAAAACAUUUCGAAAUAGUACUUAACUCAGACCACCUAAAAUUAAGUGUGAUAUUUUAUAGCCUAUAUUAAUUUGUCAUAUUUUUACAAAGCUCUCUAAAUUUUAUGCGUUUAGCUUCGAAAUGUAGUGAUAAAAAAUUACUAUGAUAUAAAUUUAGUUUCAUAUGCAUGGUUUGGUAGAUCGUUCAACUAAAAAGGCAAGACUAGAAUUAGUUUCAUAAUAUUUAAAAUCUAUGCAUUACGCUCUAAAGAUGUAGAAGAAUAAUUGCACUUAUCAAAUUGCGUAGCCCUGUACAAUUUAGUGCUUGAAAAAUAAAAAAAUCUUUUCAUAUUAUAACUAAUAGCGAAUAUUAUGUAUUUCACUGUCGGGGAAGCCUCAUGUUCUUCUGUUUAGGGUCACAAUAUUGUUAUAGUCGUUACUAUGAUACUUCUCAUAAUGUAUUGCCUUGUCUUUGAUGCUGGACGAUUACCUACAUUAUCAUGCAUUUAAAUAAUAUAUUAAACACAACAGAGAAUAUUUGGCACGUUUAAUCGUAGUUGCUGAGCCAUAUUAUUAUCAUUAAAUAUACAUAUUUAUUAUCGUAACAAGUUUGAAACAUAGUUUUAAAAUUAAUACUUGUACUUAAUUAGCAAUAGGGUAUUUAUUUUAUUUGUUGUUGGAACAGAUUAUCAAUAUUUGAAAUAUUUGCAACAUUUGAUGUGAUAUGAGCAAUAAUAGAGAAACAUAAUGAAACAACAAUUUAAGAUUUGCAAAGACAUUAUGAGUCGUAACCGCGGUAUUGGACGUGGGAACGGGGCGUAGCGCCGUGGGUCCGUCGAUGGAGAACCAGUGAUAAGUUGAACAUUGACGUUUGAGUCUGAAUCCUCUAUUGAUUAGUGAGUAAUUUUUGGGUUUAUUUUCUAUAUUGUUUUUAAGUUAUUUGUUUCAGGAUUUUUGUCCCGAUAGCAUUAGGGAAUUUUAUUUUCUUUAUUUUAAGUAGGUUUAAAAUACGAGUCUACAUACCCCUCGCGGAUGAGUAGGUGUGAUUAAUACUCUAAUUUUUCAUUUUACUGUUUUGUUUAAUUAUAUGUUCUGGGCCUAUAUUUGAAUAGUAUUUUUGGCCAGUGUGUUUUAGGCCUUUAGAGUUACGAAUUUUUACUGCCAAAUUAUUUUCUUACGAUAUUUGUGCAUGCACAUAGUAAUUAUUUUAUUGUAUGAUAUUUGUAAAAAUUAGUCACUAAUUGUUGCCAAUUUUUUUUUGUUUUAUUAUUAAUAUUCAGGGUUAAUAUAUAAUGUUCAUUUUUAAUUUGUUGUCAUUGAUCAAAAUUAUUGUGUGUUAGUGAAGUAAAAUUAACCGAAAUAGAACUUAUUAUUGCCCCAAAGGGAGCGUUUGACGCUAAUAAUAAAUAUUGCUUUAGGGUUGCAUAAAAUAUUAAAAAAGUGGUGUGAUAAGUUUUGGAUAAUUUUACAAAUUAUACUAUUUUAUGUGUGAAUUCCAAUAUUAAUAAAUUUAAAAGUUGAAAAUGUCAUUAUAUAAUUAUUAUUAUUAUUAUAAUAAAUACAUACAUAUAUGUAACUUUCCAAAUAAUUGCAAUGACAUUGAUAUUCUUAUAUUUUAAAGUAUUAUAGUUUAUAUUAUUUACAUCUUGAAUUAAUUGGUGAUAUCUCAUUGACAAUGUUUCCUUUUGUUCUUGCCAUAUAUCUUAUGUAGAAUGCGUCAGCGUAGAAUUUUUGUAGGAAUUAGUAUUUUUCAAUUUGAUUAUACACAACAUAACAGUAUCACAAGUUUGCCUAUACGGUGGUGUUGUUUAGAAAUGUUUAUUAGUGGUUGGCGCGGUCACGGCGGAUUUUCGCCGUGUCUGCUUGGCUGUAUAUUCUUGCCGUAGCAAGUAAGCACUAUGUCAUGAGAUAAUGGCAGGUCAAAUGGUAUUUAUUGUCCAUUGACAUUAAUUGAUAAUAAUUGUAUCAUUAGAGUACAUUACAGUAGCCUUUCUCGGGAAUCUUAAAAGUUACCUAUAUACACUUUAAAGCAAUUUUUGGUAAAUAUAUUUCUCUUGAAUCUAUAUUCCCUUAUGUAUCCAGCAAUAAAUUACUUCAGUAGUUGUGUAGUAUCGCUUUAUAUGGCGCUGAGAAUCGCUAUUUUCUUGACAUCACGAACGUCCGUUUUGGAAGGCGAAAUAAAUAGGUGAACGUUUGGUAGCGAGGUAGCUACCCAACCUGUGGGCUUAGAUGUCAAGAACGUCAGCACGCGGUGCCAAGUAAGGUGAUAGUCGUAGGGUUCGCAGCGCACAAGGUGAGCUCUAAUGUUACCCUCCCUAUUGGAGGUGGGCGUAUUGCCUAUGUUGUGGCACCAAGCACAGCUAGAUGGUUUUGGUGGAGUAUUGUGGCAUUAACGAUUCAAUUCAUUACUUAUAGACCGUGUUACUUGACUGUGGGUAGGAUUUAAAUUUGUAUUUUCAUCUGAUCAAUUAUUCCUUUAUGUUAUAAAACAGUAUGCUCAAACGGUUGAUGGUGACUUAAUUCUUACCCACCUUAUUUGUUUGGUCUCCACUGUUUUUAAAAAACAACAUAAAUAAUAAUAAGGUUGUGAGCUCUAUUCCCAUUGGAAUUUUAAGCCACAUGUGUGCUUGUGCAAUAAAUAUCACAGUUUGGAUCUAGGCUUUUAAAUUAUUAUAGAUUAUAUACAUUGUUGAGCUGAUAUAAAAAUUUAAUAUAUUAUUAUACCUUUUAAUAUUGUUAAAGAAUUCUAAUUGCAUUCCACAUCUUAGAGUGAACGAAUUUGAGACGACCGUUUUCAGUCUACAUUAUACAAGUUAUUUUUUUUACAAUUGUAGGAUUAUUAGCAGUUGCCAAUGUUUUUCCUUUAGUCAGUAAAAGUACAAAUAUUUUAAUAUACAAUUCUUGGUAUUUACGUAUUGUAGUGAUCUUAUUUUUAAUUGUUUCUAUAACUGUAAGCAUAAUUUUUUCACAUAAGCAGCCAUUUAAAUAUUUUUCAUCUCACAAAUUAUUCAGUAAAUAACAAAACAUAUCAUACCGAAUCAAUUUGGUUUUUCAUAAAAAUUGUGAUCGCAACUCCCGGAAUUUUCCUAUUUGGCUUAGGUGUACGUUAAAAUGGCUAUUUUUUUUUUUUGUUUUAAAAUUAGAUUUAAGUAUAUUAUUAUAGGUCUGAAUUAAGUUUCUUGUCACCUUUUUUUUGUUAAAAAUGAGAAAAUUAUCGUAAUUUAGCGUGAAAGGUGCAUUUUGCAAAUGCGUAUUUUAAUUUUGAUCCAAAGAUUGUUAAUUCCUUUAAUUAUUAUUAAUUUUCUUGAAAAUGACAUUUGUGGAGUGUGCAUUGGUAUUUGAUACUAGGGUUAACGUCAUGAUUUUUCCGUAGAGUUGGUGCAGCCGAGCAAAUCUCUACUCUACUAUAUUCUCUUAAGAAUAUAUUGCUCAAUAAUUUAAUUCUGUUAAAGUAUUUUAAACUUAGGAGUAGUCCACACGGACGUGUUUUGUGUGACUGUGGACUUCAGCGACAAGAAAUUAUAUAUCUAACAGACAAUACCCUCCGUAAAGAUUUGAAAACAUUGUAAACGUUGAAGUUUUAUUAGAUGUAGUUGUUUGCCUUCGAGGCAGCAUGCCGCUGAGUGCACGCUGCAGGGGCAUCGGUAGCAUCAGCACAUAGGAGUAUCAUUAAUCCUUUGAAACCAUUAUCGUAUACUGCUCGCCUGCUAUAGAUUACUCUGUAAGCUUUAUUCAGAGUUCAACAUUUUAUCAUAUGUACCACUACGAGUAUAAAUAAUAUAGCGAGACGACCGUUGUAGAUAAUGUUUUCAGCACAUCUUGUGUGAUGGUGUUUACUGAAUAAUUGUACCAUUUUGCCCCACAGUCAACGAAAAUUGUUAUGUAAUCCAUACAGGAGUCUCUGCUGCAUUGUGCCUAGAUCUUAGAAGUUAAUGUGGUAUCAAGGUAGAGUUAAUCUCAAGUAUUUUGGCUCUUUGAAUAUUCCAUGAUAUUAUUUUGUUUUUCAUGAAAAUGUAUUUACAUUAUAUACAUACACUUAGUAAUAUUAUUGUAUACAUGAAUAUACAUUGCGUGGUUUGUAAUUUGAUGUUUAAUUUUAUUGUAAAAUAAGAUGCCCAACUGGUUGUCUGUCCACCAUUCGAAAAAUGUGGCGGAAUUGAGUGUAUAAAUUAAAGCCAUACUAGACAUUUUAUCCGGAGAAUAUUUGUUAUCCAUGUUAUUUGUGGACAGAGAUAAAAUUUAUUUGAACUAGUUGCACAUCUUACUUUGACCAAAUUCAUACACCGCUGAAGUUACUUGAGAAUUGAGGACAUUUUGUCUGUUGCACUCUUCCUUUUGUUUUAUGGUGAGUGCAAGUUUUCAUGUGAUCUCAGCAGUGUCUUAAUAAUUAUAAGUUUAUUAUUGUGAACUGUGGCCAGGAUAACAACAGCAUAGAGCAGUGUAAUUCAGAGCCUGCCUAAAAUAUAUUUUUGUCAUGAUUUUAUUUAGGUAUAUACAUGUUAUUAUUCACAUAUUACAGUUUUCUCAAUAUUAGCUUGUAUUUUAAUUAAGAAAUAAUCAUAUUUAACAUUGCCAGGUGAUCAGCAACCUGCACUUUAAUAUUUUUGGAAACUAUUGAACUUAAAUUGUACUGACUUUAUAAAUAUAUUUACUUCAAUAAAGAUUUUCCAUGCCACUAAA